GGGGGUGGGGGUGAAGAGGGUGAGAUCGGAUUCACACACACACACACACACAGAGGAGCAGUGACAGACUGCAGGAGGCAAAAAUCAUCCAAGGACAGAGAGAGAGAAAAAAACAAGAGACGGGAAGCCAUCCGCACGAAGAACUCCACAGCGUCAAGUGAACCAUUCGAUUGAUAAAUCUGCAGCAAACAACACGUAGUUGCUCUUGGUGGAGAUUGUGGGGAAAGCGGAUAAAAUAAAGUGAUCGGAGAUACUUGAAGAAGGAACCCAUGAGUCGAAGCAGACUGAAUAAUUGUGUCUGAGGAAGACUCUUGGUGUCAAUGGAAGGAGCCGGAGAGAGAAAGACAAUCUAGCUUCAAGAUUAUAUACGUUGAUUGAAGAGCGUGUUCGCAGAAGGUCCCACAGACACUGGGCUGUGCUUUUGAAUUGGAGGAUUUCCAGGAAUAUGCUGAUGCCGCAGAAUGGAGCUGAGGAACCGAUUCCUGCGGCACUCUGUCGCCAUGUGGCUGCUUUUGCAAAGUUUUGUUCUGAUGACCUUUUGCUUUAACUCAGCGACAACAUGCCCAAAAGGCUGUUACUGUGCCGAGCCAGAGAAGAGGUUGAUUGUCCGCUGCAGUGACAUGCACCUGAGAGAGGUCCCCAAGGACAUUCCAAAUAAUACUUGGAAGCUCUACCUUGAUUCCAACCAAAUAACGUCUAUUCCACGGGAUGUUUUCAAGGAUCUGCGGGAGCUUGAGGAACUGGAUCUGUCCAAUAAUGCCAUUCAGCACUUGGAGACUGGGGCAUUCCGUGGUCUGAACGAAAGCCUGAAGAUUCUGAAUCUCUCACACAAUAAACUGGAGACGGUGAAUGAGGACGUGUUCAGUAGACUGAAAGCCAGUAUAAAACUUUCAGGCAACCCCUGGUUCUGUGAUUGCAGGCUGCAGGAAAUGAUUAAGACGGUGAACAUUAAAAUCGGGUUGUCCAAUGACAUUAUCUGUGCGACCGCCUACCCCGAGGAACAUGCCAAGAAGUCUUUCCUGGAGGUCGCACACCACGUGAACUUCUGCAACGUUCACAAAAAGACCACCGACGUGGCCAUGCUGAUCACCAUGUUCGGCUGGUUCACCAUGGUCAUCUCCUACCUGGUAUACUACGUGAGACAGAAUCAAGAAGACGCAAGACGGCACCUUGAGUACUUGAAGUCACUACCUAGCAAGCAGAGGAAAUCAGAGGCCUCCUCCACCAUUAGCACAGUGGUGUAACUCUACGUGUUGAGAGGGGAAAUCUAGGGAUGGGGUUCUGGGAAGAAAAAAAGGAAUGGAACCCACUGGAAGACACUGUAAAGAUCCAACUGGGACAAGUCAGCAUUUGAAAACCCAGUGGACCACAACUCUGGCCUCCAUCCUCCCUCACAGAACUCUCACCCUUAAUAAUGAAAUGGGUUGCCAAAAGUAACUAGUAUUGAGUAUGCUCGUGCUCUGCUCAGUAUUGUACUGAGAUUGAGGUCACCGUCUAGUCUACCCACGAAUACGAAAAAUACUGUUGAUGCCUUAUGCUCUUGAAAACUAAGGAAUGAGCCAGUAACAGGAGGAGAAUAAGCCUAUUAUUUAAUGUAUUCUGAAGGACUAUUCUUCCAUUUAGGUCAGCCAAGGUUUAGUUCCUUCUUAGUUUCUGUAUUUUAUUCUUUCUUUCUGUUACUAGGCAUCCAGGUUUUGGAGGUCUGUGUCCAGCUCGUACUAAUGCAACAUGGUUUUGACAGUUUGCAGGCCUUAUAACUGAGAGAGUGAUACAUAGAGCAGCAAAGUGUUUUCCUGGCAGAAUCAGGGGACUGAUUUGAAGUUGAGGAUAUUGGUGGCGUAAAUCCUGGAAACCUAUGUUGCAUCAGUCCUGAAAUGGUUCAAAAUAUCCUGUAUUACAACAUGCAGAUUUGGUUGAAUUCCGUGGGCCCACAGCCAAAAGUGUAGGGCAUGUAAACUGGCAAAGGUGAUCAGGAGUUGCUCUGUGUAAAGCCUGUAUUCACCAUCUGUUCAAAGUUGCAAUUCUGUAACGUGGGGUGGAAGUGCAGGGAAGAAAGUAAUGGGACCUGCCACCCAUCUUUGAACUGGUUCAGGGAUAGUGCAGCACUCGGAGCAGUAUCCCCUCAGGAGCUGGUUUGUCAUUAGUGUUGUUUUCUCUAACUAGGUUUUGCUCCUUAAUGAGCUGUGACAACUGAAUGCUGGUAAGAGUUGAGCUCCUUGUUGUGUUACAUCUCCUCUCUUGCUUAUGCCCACGUUCUCGUAUCCAUUGGCAAUGCUUGAGCGGUUCAGUGGUCACCAAUGGGGCAGUGCUGAUGGUGAACUGUAGUUCAAUAUAAACCCCUGGGAAUGUUAUUUCUAUUUUUCCCAGUUUAUUGUAUCCCUGUCAGAUGGGGACACCUGCCUUUUAUUUGAUUUUUAAAAAAAUUUGAAUGACCCUUAUCAAGGAAGUAGAAUCGUGCUCCUGACCCACAAAUCGACAACAGUGACUUUUUGUUUCUUACCCAGGGGUUAGAGUGCAAAUUGUAUUGUCAGGGGUGGUUUUUGUUGGAAAGCAAUGAAUUGUCCAGACCUGCAUUGAUGGGGUGCAUUUAAUAAGACCAAAUUCCCGUGAUUAAGUGAUUGGAUUGAUGCUUCAUAACUGCUAGGUAAAAGAAUAAACGAAGUCUGAACAAUCACAUGUAGUUAGGCCUUUCAGCUUAUGUAACCCAGUGAGACUCAGCUUGCUAGAGUUAUAUUCGGAAAGAAUUAUAAUUUCAAAUCUUUGACCUGGUUUCAAUUUCAAUUUUAUUGCAUUCUUCUUGGGAACCUAGAUUGAGAUUGUCCAGUCAACCCAGGUGCCUCUAUUAGUAAUAAUAUUUCCAACCUCAGUUUACUAUUCAUAAGGGCACAUAAGAAAUCACAGCCAUGAUAACGAUCAGGUUGGGCUUCUCAGGGUGGAUUGAUGAAUGGAAAAUCCUGUUUAGCAAAGUUGUUGGAAUUUUUUGAAGACAUUACUAACACAAUUGAUAAAGGGAACCGGAACGUCCCUUUCAAGAGAACCAGAAUUCAAGAGCAGGGACUGUAUAAGGCUCUAGUCAGAUCAAAUUUGAAAUCUGGUGUGCAAUUUUGGACCCCGUAUCUAAGGAAGAAUAUACCACAUUUCAGAAGAGGUUUACAAGAAUGAUCCCAGGAUAAAGCGCUUGUCAUAUGAGGAGCGGUUAAAGACUCUGGAUCUGUACUCAUGGGAGUUUAGGAGGGACAUCUGAUUGAAAUUCACAGAGAGAUCCAGAUAGAAUGGACUUAGAAAAGACAUUUCUACUGGUAGGAGAGAAUAGGAUUUGAAAGCACAGCCUCACAGUGAAGGGAAGAGCCUUCAGACCCAAGAUGAGGAAGAAUUUCUUCAGCCAAAGGGUGGUGAAUCUGUGGAACUCAUUGCCAUAGGAGGCUGUGGAGGCCAAGUCAUUGAAUGUGUUUAACACAGCAAUAGAUAGGUUCUUGAUUUGUAAGGGGAUUAAGGGUUACAGGGAGAAGGCAGCAGAAUGGGGUUGAGAAAUAUAUCAGCCAUGAGCAAAUGGUGAAGGAGACUUGAUAUGUUGAAUGACCUAAGUCUGCUCCAGUGUCUUAUGAUCAUAUGGAUGUAGUAUAUUUAGAUUUUCAGAAGACUUUCCAUGAAUUCCAUACAGGAGAUUGAUUAGAAGGAUUGAAGCACAUGUAAGGGAGGGAAAGUAUUGGUAUAAAUUGGCUAACAUACAGAAAACAGAGUGUGAAAAUAAAUGGAGCUUUCUUGAAUUGACAAACUGUAAUUAAUGGGAUAUGGGAAGGAUUAGUACUCCCCAGCCAUUUACAAUAUAUGUUAAUGAGUUGGAGAAAGGGACCAAAUAUAAUAUUUCGAAAUUUUCAGAUGAUACGAAGCUAAGUGGGAAUGUGUGUUGUGAGGAAUAUAUAAAGCAAAUUGAGGAGGAUUUGGACAGGCUUAGUGAGUGGGUAAGAACGUCACAAUGGAAUCUAAUGUAGAAAAAUGUGAGGAUAUCAAUUUUGGCAGGAGGAACAGAUGUGCAGAGUAUUUCUUAAAUAGUAAGAGUUUGGAAAGUGUAGAUGUACAAAGGGAUGUGGGUGUCCUUGGUAAGUGAUAGAAGGUUCACAUUCAGGUGUAGCAAGCUAUUAGGAGGGUCAAUGGAAUGUUGGUCUUCAUUGCAAGUGGAUUUGAAUAUAGAUGUAUUGACACCUUGCUUCAAUUGUAUAGGAUUUUGGCAAGACUCCGCCUAAAGGACCGUGUGCAGUUUUGGUUUCCUUAUCUCAGGAAAGAUAUUAUUCCCAGAGAGGGCGAACAACAAGGUUCACCUGACUUGUUCCUGGGAUGCUGUUAUUGUCCCGGGAAGGGAUAUUUGGGAAACUGGACUUGUGUUCUCUACAGUAUCGAAGGAGGAGAGGACACCUCAUUCCAAUCUACAAAAUAAUAAAGGGUAAAUGCCGGUAAGAUAUUUCCUCUGGUUAGUGAAACUGGGAGGAGAAAGUGAGGACUGCAGAUGCUGGAGAUCAGAGCUGAAAAUGUGUUGCUGGAAAUGUGCAGCAAUAAGGCAGCAUCCAAGGAACAGGAGAAUCGACGUUUCGGGCAUAAGCCCUUCUUCAGGAAUGAGGAAAGUGUCCAGCAGGCUAAGAUAAAAGGUAGGGAGGAGGGACUUGGGGGAGGCGCGUUGGAGAUGCGCUAGGUAGGAAUCUGUAGCAUAAUUGAAAAUUAAAAGGGAUACCACUUAGGUCUGAGCUGAGAAGAAAUAAUUUUACCAUGAGUGUUGCGAAUCUUUGGAAUUCUCUACCACAGAGGGCUGUGGAAGCUCAGUAUGUGAGUAUUUUUCUGGUAGAAAUUGACAGAUUUUUGAUGAUAGUGGUGUUCAAGAUUAUGGGGAUGGGGUGGAUAAAAGGCAUUCAAAUGUUCGAUCAGCCAUGAUCAUAUUCAACAGUAGGACAGUCACAAUGGGCUAAAGGACCUCCUCCUGUUCCUAUGUUCCUGUAACAAUUUCUCAAAAGAGCUUUGUUUAAGUUAUUUACACAGCUUGGGCAUUGGCUCUGAUUUCAAAUAUGAAGCAGUUCUUCUGAGCACCUUGUAAAGCAAGACAGUGGCGUCAUGUCAAAUGAGACAAUGUAAGGUUUUUUUUUAAACAAUUGAAGAUGGAAUGGUUCACUGACAUCACUAAGGCUAGUCUUCCGAGACAGCUGCCGAGAUACUGAGCUCGAACGUUUAGCCAAAACACUGAAAACUGGAGAAAGCCCCUUUAACUCAAUGCUGCAAUGAAGAUUUUACACCAUUUCUAGGUCCCAUCCAUAACAGAUCUCUGGCCAAGGCUUUUGGCCACCAAUACUGACAGUAAUAACUCAACUGCAUUGAAGUUCAACAACAAUUGCUGUUGAUCAUUAGCUGUUUUCCACACAAAACCAGGAUAGGCAAUAUUGCUUCUUCUUCACAGAAGGUUCAAUAAAAAGUAGAAAAUUAGUUUGAAAUUCUUUGGGUAGCAAGGAUUUCAGGGUUGAUUAGUUAACUGUGAAAAAUAUCUGCUAAAUUCAAACUCAGUUGACCUGGAAAACAGCGUAAUAAACAUUUGGAACAAUUUUCUUGAUUUCAAGCUCUUAAUGUGGUCACAUUCCUCAUUUCUCCUCUCAACAGCGGGGGAAGGAUAAUUGUACCCAACUCAACUAAAGAACUCUUCACAACCAUAGGCUAACUGAACAAAAUGGACACUAUUUAUUUAUCUAUUUGUUCUCUGCUGUGAUUUUUUUUUUAAAAAGCUGUGAAUUCCUCUGAUGUUAGUCUAACCCCUUUUAGUUUAGGUUGGCCAAUACUAUUUUGAACAGUUCUGGAAUGGGAAGACUAACAUAUGAAGAGAGGCUGGAUUGGUUAAAACUUUAUUCACUGGAAUUUAGAGGACUGAGGUGUCCUGCGGUGUAAUCUCAUGGAAUCCUACAAAAUUCUAACAGGACUAGACAGGGUAAACAAAGAAGGAUGUUUCCAAUGACCGGGGAGUUCAGAACCAGGGGUCAUAGUUUUAUGGAAUGAGGUAGAUCACCUAGGACUGAGAUGAGGAGAAAUUUCUUCAGCCAGAGAAUGGUGAGCCUGUGGAAUUCGCUGCUACAUAAAGCUGUUGAGGUCAAAAAUGCCAAAUGAUUUCAAUAACCACUUAGUUAUUGUCCUUCAGACUAAAGGUAUGGGGAGAAAAUGGGAAGACGGUGCUGAGUUGGAUCAUCAGCCGUGAUCACAUGGAAUGGGGGGAUGAGCAGGUUCAAAGGGAUGAAAAGCCUACUUUUUCUCCUAGUUUCAAUAUUUCUGUGAUCAAAAUCUUCAUCGUUUGGGGAAACUGGUUUCACGAGAUAAAAAUAAUUGAAGGCAGCAAGUCUAGAAGAAGCAAUGGUGGAUAUGAACUGUAGGCGAAUCAGUGGAAGAUAGGUAACCCUAGAUAAGAAGUUAAGGUGUGGUGGUGUGGUUAUAUGUAGCAAUGCAGUGGGUGCACUAAUAAUCUAGAGAAGAUUAUUUCAGUCCCAACUUGGGUGAGUUUGAGAAUUUAAUUUCAGUGCAAAGAACACGAUGUUGGGAAAUAGGUGUCAAUGAAGGCAGCCAUGACAUUGUCAAAUUGUCAGAGAAGCUCUUUCCCUGGUGUCCUUUAGGGAAGGAAACCUAUUGUUUUUUUUCUGAGCUGUCCUAUAUGUGACUCCAGCCUCAAGCUAAUAAUCUCCCAGUCGUGCAGCCCAGCAAGCUGCACAGUGCAUUGGACUGUUUCCUUCAAAGGAUAAGAAAAGUCAGGCAAUAAAUGUUGCCCUUGUAAGUGAGGCCUCAUGAGAAUGAAUCAAAUUAGCCUCUGAUUAGAUGGCUUGUUUUGAGAUUUACAUUUGUCAUCUUCAAGGGUAUGACAGCUAUUGACAAGGGCCAAGACUUUGAGAUCCACAUUGGAAGUGAGUGACAAGUGUACAUUGUGAAUCUGAAUUGUACAUCUUUGGCUGCUGGAUUGAAACAGCCCAGGCUGGUACAGUUUUGGAAAUCAGGCCUACUUUAAAAAAAAACUGAUGCAACCAAAGGUUGGAAAGGAAAAUGUAACUCAUUUGUCAAUUUCAAAUAAGACACACAAUUUAAAGUGAGAGCACGCACACACACAGAUGUAACCUAAUUGUGAUGACUAAUGGCAAGUUAUAGGUUUGCCUGAUUUAAGGAAUACUGAAUACAGCCUCAGCUCCAAGUAAAAGUGGGUACUAAUGAAACUAAUACCUUCCUGAACCCAUAUCAUCUCAUUUUAUUAGUGUGAGCCUCUGUCUGCAUCAGCCCCAUCAAUGAGGAAUAUUCCUAGCCAUUCCAAGAAAUAUUUUCUACCUAAUACGAAAAAUACAAAAACUGCAAAGGGCAACAAUAUUUUAACAAGAAGAUUCUGAUGUCUCCGGAUUCUGGAGUUGAAUGAUCUAAACGCAUGGAUUAGAAGGAACUUAGAAUUCCAUGAUGGACCCAUCAUCUUUGGAGCCCAAUCUCACUGAACCAGGACACUCGGUGACAAUGUGCAUUUGUUAGUGAAAGCUAAUAAGUUAGAAAUGAGCUGUAAGUCUAAAGAACUGCCUGUACAUUGGGAAACCAACAUUGCUCCAAGGAAUCUCUGUAAUCAAUCCUGUUCCCAGAUUUAGAAGGUAUUCUUCGCCAGUUCCUCGGUGCUAUUUUGCUAGCAGAUUGCACCAGAGCAUCACAGAACAGGAGUGAAGGGGCUUCGGGUGGUGUCUCUAUGUGCAACAUCAAGUCAAUCUCUGUUCAGCUAGAAAAAAAGCACAAUGUAAUACAGGAAUUGCUAGCAUCUUUUCAAGUGCCUGAGAAACAUCAACCCAUUUCUUAAAUUGUUUUCUAAGCUCUUAUUGUUGCAUUCAAAUAUCAUUGUCUUUUUCAAAGCUGUUUUAGCUGGUCUGUGCAGGCUGUACGUUCUAUCUGUGGUUUAUGUUUUCUUUUGUCUGAUCUCCACGUAAGUGUUAUAGACUGCCGAAGAGUUAAUUUGACAAACAUGCUAAUGUAGAGAUAGGUUAGUUUGUUUAAAAGAGUUUUUGCAUGGGCUCUUUCGUUUCACAUUUUUAUCUGAAGAGCCUGUGGUCACGAAUGUUUCAAAUUACGAACAAUGGAGCAGGCCUUGCCCAUCUUCAGCUGUCAUUGAUAUUCCUAAACGUGCUGCUGUCUCAACAGCAACACUGGAUUUUGUAAACUUCAAUUGCUGACUUGCAGGCUUGGCAUUCUAUCUAUCACAGGGUCUUUACAUUAAAAUGGUAUGGAGUUUCAUUU